UGACUGCCCGUAAACACGCUUCACCUAUAAAAGCCCCCCAGCCGCCCAUUCCAGCCAGUAGAGCGACAACAAUGACUUCGUACACCGACAAAGGAGCGCAGCCCACCAAUGGACGGUUUCUGGCCUUCGACCAUUUGGAGUUCUUCGUAGGCAACGCCAAGCAGGCGGCCAGCUACUACGUGACCAGGCUGGGCUUCCAGCCGCUGGCCUACAAAGGCCUGGAGACUGGAGAGCGAGGCUUCGCCUCCCAUGUGGUGCGCCAGAACCAGAUCACCUUGGUGUUCACCUCGGCCUACGAGGGCGACGAGGGGGAGUUUGGGGCCCACGUGACUAAGCACGGGGAUGGAGUGAAGGCGAUCGCCUUCGCGGUGGGGAACCUGGAGGGGAUUCUGCAGCAUGCGCGGCAAAUGGGCGCCCAAGUGGUGCGCGACCUGUGGACUGAAGAGGACGGCGAUGGGGCCAUCAAGGGCGCCAGCAUUCAAACGUACGGCGACACUGUCCACACUUUCCUGGAUCGCUCCAGCUACCGCGGGCUGUUCCUGCCGGGCUUCGCCCCCCUGCCUGAUGACGAACUGGCCCGAAACCUGCCGCCAGGUGGGCUGGACUUCAUCGACCACGUGGUAGGCAACCAGGCGGACGGCGAGAUGGAGUCGGUCGCCGACUGGUACGAGCGCGUGCUCCAGUUCCACCGGUUCUGGUCGGUGGACGAUGCGCAGCUGCACACCGAGUAUUCGGCGCUGCGCAGCAUCGUCAUGGCCAACUGGGAGGAGAACAUCAAGCUGCCAAUCAACGAGCCGGCGGCCGGAAAGCGGCGCAGCCAAAUCCAGGAGUACGUGGACUAUUACAAGGGGGCGGGGGUGCAGCACGUCGCCCUCAACACCCAGGACAUCGUCGCCUCGGUGCGCAGCCUGCAGGCCAGAGGGGUGCACUUCCUGCAAGUCCCCGCCGCCUACUAUGAGAUACUGCGCAGCAAGCUGCGCGGCAGCCAAGUGCGGAUUGCUGAGGAUCUGCGCGUGCUGGAGCAGCUGAAGAUUCUGAUCGACUUCGAUGAGGAGGGGUAUUUGCUGCAGAUUUUCACGCAGAACAUGCAGGACCGCCCCACUCUGUUCCUGGAGCUGAUCCAGAGGCGGAACCACAAUGGCUUCGGCGCCGGCAACUUCCAGGCGCUGUUUCAGGCCAUCGAAGUGGAGCAGGCCAAGCGCGGCAACUUAUAGGCAUUAAACACUGCGAACAGG